UUACAUUAUAAGAGAACAGAAUUUUGGUGAAGUUGAUGGAGCUUUAGGGCUCCUAACCUUGGAUUCAAGGGUAGGGCAACAUAAAUCAGACUCGUAAAUUUGUGUUUACAAAUUGGCACGCUCGGUGGGACGACUCUACCACUCAUCUCCUUCUCUACAAAAAAAAAAAAUCAAUCUACCAACGAAGAUGGCUGCUCAACAAACCGUUUCCAUGUCCGAUGCUGAGAAGGCCGCUAUGGUGAAACAAAGGGCGGCAGAAUUGGCUGAGAUGAUGAAAGGGCGUGACGAGGGUAUACGCACCAGAGGAAUGAAGAACGCUAAUCUGAAUGAGGCUGCUUCGAGUCUGCGUUCGGCUCCUAUCACCACCAAAACAAGGAGAAAGAGCCAUGUCCGUGCUUCCUCCGACGUGUCCCCGAAUCCGUAUUACCGCAAGUCCCGCAACAUCCCUGUUUUCGGGUCCUUUCCUGCUGAAGGUGCACGAUUCCUUAUGCCCGGUGAAGAAGAUAUGCGUCCUCACCAAAAGCCUGACAGGCUGGUCAUCCACACUAGUCCUUUGUUCGAUCCUUUCUAUGUAGAAAGCGAUGCAAAGAGUAGUACCGGGUCUUCUCCAACGUCACCCCUCAAAGUAUCAGAUUGUGAAGAAUCGGUCCAGUCCCUACAAACCGACAUUGCGGAGGUGAUGGCGAUCGAAUCAAAGACCGUUGAGGAGCAGCUUGCCGAAAUGAAGGGCAUGAUCGUGAAGCUCAUGAAGGAUGGCGAGGAGAAAGACGAGGAAAUCAAGAAGCAGAAUGAGAGGAUUUCCUCCUUAACCAAAAAGCUCAAGAAACAGGAAGAGAGCGCGGACGAAGAGAACGACGACUCUGAAGGGAGUACGACUUCAAAAUCUACCACAAAGGGUGAAAAACUCGACGACACAUUCACCAUGAAAAAGAUCCAGGACAUGAUAACAAAUGCGGUGAAGAAUCAUAUCGUCGGAAGCUCCGGCCCUAGUCAUCUAUAUGAGAAGCCGUACACGAAGAAAAUCGAUCACUUAAGGAUGCCCGUCGGUUAUCAACCUCCGAAGUUCCAGCAGUUUGACGGAAAGGGGAACCCCAAGCAGCAUGUAGCCCACUUCAUCGAAACGUGCAACAACGCUGGCACAUCGGGGGAUUUACUCGUCAAACAGUUCGUCCGUUCUCUAAAGGACACGGCAUUCGACUGGUACACGGACCUUCCUGCAGAAGCCAUCGACAGUUGGGCAGAAAUGGAGGAAGAAUUCAAGGCCAGGUUCUACAGUACACGACGUGUCGUCAGCAUGAUUGAAUUGACAAAGACGACACAGUGGGAAAAUGAGCCUGUUGUAGAUUACAUCAACCGAUGGCGCACUCUAAGCCUGGAAUGCAAGGACCGUCUGACGGAGACCUCUGCUAUUGCAAUGUGCAACCAAGGUAUGAACUGGGAUUUGCUGUACAUUUUGCAGGGCAUAAAACCAAGAUCCUUUCAAGAUUUGGCUACCCGUGCUCAUGACAUGGAGAUCAGUAUCACCAAUAAUCGUGGAGGAGGUUCUUCAAGUUUCAAGAAGGAAAAGAAGGACUUCAAGAAGCCUGAGAAAUACGUGAAAGAUUCAACCAAGGAGUCAUUUGCCGUUGCCACUAGCUCUGCCCCUGUAAAAAUUUCGGCGAAGCCUAAAACUGAACAGAAGAAAGGGCCAUUUACAAAAGAUGCUCGGAGAGAUAAGCCAACGCUUAAAGAACUCCAAGCAAAGAAGUAUCCAUUUCCGGAUUCAGACUUGGCCGGCAUGUUGGACGAUUUGUUGGAGAAGAAGGUCAUAAGCUUGCCUGAGUCCAAGCGCCCUGAUCAAAUGGGAAGGACAUCUAACCCAAACUUUUGCCCUUACCAUCGAAUAGUGAGCCAUCCUAUCGAAAAGUGCAUCACUCUCAAGGAGAGAAUCAUGCAACUUGCAACAGAAGGGAGGAUUGUGCUAGAUCUGGAUGAAGCGGCGGAGUCCCAUCAUGCUUCAGUCAUCCAGUUUGGAAGUUUGGAUCCCAUUUUGAUAAUAGAUCCCGUCAAGAAUUCUGCGUCCACCCCUCUACCUCGCAAGGAAGAUGAGGAAGGAUGGACAUUAGUGACGAGAAGGAAGAAGAGAAAGCAAACGAAGCUAGAAGAGCAACCUCCUCUUCGUCAAAAGCAACACCAGAAAAGAAACAAAUCCAAAAGUUCGCAUGUCACGAGAAACAAAGGUCUCGUGAAGAAGAAGAGCACCCCGCGCGACAGUUUUCCCACAAAGGAGGUACGAAAGCAUGUCACAUUAAAUGAUUUCUUUCCGCAGGAAUACCUCGGCGAAGUUUCUGUCAACACAGUGACCUGUAGCGUGGCGGAAGAAGAAGAGAAAGAAGAGAAAGAAGAGAAAAGUCAAGUCUCUGAAGGGCUAAACCAUGAAAGAGACCCUGAAAGAGAUGCAAAGAUCCUGGCGUUGUUAGGUACGGUCCCUUCUCGAAUGGGUUGGCGCCAAGCUUUAUCCCUACCCGAAGAAAUGAGGUUCGCCCUUGCACGUGCCAUAGAAAAUCCGACGCAAUAUACAUCGAAGGAAAAUAUUGAGCAAGGGAUCUACGAAAAUCACCCUGAACGUUGUGCUGCAUGCAGUGCGGCCUUGGCAUUCACAGACGAAGACCUUAUGUUGGGUUCAAAGCCUCACAACAGACCUCUCUUUGUAUGUGGAUACAUCCGCAAGAAAAAGAUCAACCGCAUCUUGGUAGACGGAGGUUCCGCAGUGAACAUAAUGCCGAAGUCCACCAUGACGAAGUUGGGAAUCACCGAAAGUGAGUUGACCGAAAGUCGAUUGAUGAUCCAAGGAUUCAAUCUAGGCGGGCAACGAGUCAUCGGUAUGAUAAGAGUUGAUCUGACUAUCGGAGAAAUGACUGCAACAACAAUUUUUCAUGUCAUUGAUUCGAAUACUUCAUAUCGCCUAUUGCUAGGCCGACCUUGGAUGCACGAAAAUGGAGUAGUAGCCUCAACCUUGCAUCAAUGCUUCAAAUAUUACAGAAACGGUGAAAGAAAGGUGAAUGCGGACGUGAAGCCAUUCUCUGAAGCAGAGUCUCAUUUUGCCGAUGCGAAAUUCUAUGCCAGCCAAGGAGAGCCUGUUGAAGUAAUGCCCACGGAAAUUGCAUCGACUGGAAAAGUCAUGCCGAAGAAGUUGCAAUCAAGGGUUACAGAAGAGAAGCCUUCAAGGAACGUUCUGGAGCCGUCACAUGAAACAGUUGAUGAGAAGAAAAGCAAGGAGAUUCUUUCGCAAAGAGUUAGAAGAAAAUCCUAGAGAAGUAGUGCCAGUGCUACGUUACAUCCCCAUGUCACGUCGCAAAGAAGGUCAGUCUCCGUUUAUGAAUUGUGGAGCAGAAACAACUUCAAAAAAGGUCAAGGACAUGCCGCAAGAAUUUGAUAAAAGCAUGA